GUCCACAGCUGGCAGAGCCAAAAUUACAGCGACCAAAAGCAAGGACGACGGCGACAAGCUCGGGCCUCAAGAGUCAACAUGUCCGUCCAACACAAGAUCCUCCGUACCGCCAAUGCGCCCACUACUGCCCCCGAUGAAAUUGAGACCAGCGUCGCUCAGGCCCUGAUCGACCUCGAAAACAACGUGCCCGAGCUCAAGACUGAGCUUCGUCCUCUGCAAAUCUCCGCUGCCCGGGAGGUUGAUGUCCGUGGUGGCAAGAAGGCCAUUGUUAUUUUCGUCCCAGUUCCCCAAUUGAAGGCAUUCCACAAGGUUCAGGCGAGACUGACCCGUGAACUCGAGAAGAAAUUCUCCGACCGCCAUGUUGUUUUCGUUGCUCAGCGACGGAUGCUGCGCAAGCCAACCAGGACUUCUCGCGUCAAGCAGAAGCGUCCUCGUAGCCGUACCCUCACUAGCGUCCACGAGAAGAUUCUCGAGGAUCUUGUCUUCCCCACGGAGAUUGUUGGAAAGAGGACGCGUGUUGCUGUCGAUGGUUCAAAACUCCUUAAAGUCUUCCUUGACUCCAAGGAUGCGACUUCGCUCGAGUACAAGCUCGAUUCCUUCACAUCAGUUUACCGUCGCCUGACAGGGAAGGAUGUUGUCUUCGAGUUCCCCGUGCAGGCACAGGACAUGCAACUUCUUACGGCGUCUCAUACGUUUCAUGCUUCGGCGUGAUCCAAUCCUAACGGGAUUCUUUGCACGGGUUUUCAGGAGCGAAUUCCGAUUAUGUGUACGGGGAAGUUGGCGUGGAAGGUUGCUGAGCGUGAAUGUAUUAAUUUCACCUCCACGUUCCCUGAAUCGAGUGUCUAUAAACGUCUAUCAGUUGUAGUUCCCGGAACCGAUUGACUUGAAAUAGUGAAUGCUUGAACGCGUCCCAUUUAG